CUGACUGACAUUGAUAUUUUCAGAAAGUCAGAAUCAAAACAGAAGCAAAGAAAAUUCCAAAUAAAAAGCAGAACCAGUUUACAAGAUAAAAGGCACGAUAAUAUGAUUUAUACUUAAAAUAUUUAUCGAUAAAAAAAUCUCAGUGCUUUUAUGGGCCGCGCAUAGUAAAAAAAUUGAUUUAAUAAAUACAAUAAAAUUGUAUUAAAUACUAAAAAAUUGUAAUUGGAACCAAUCACAUAAAAACAUAAUAAUGGUUCGCUUACCGUUAAUCAUGAACAAUAUGAUAACAUCUGUAAUAGGAAUUAACAAAUGUCUUAUAAACCGGAGUUUUGUCAGAAAUUUAAUGUCUAAACAGCUUGUAUACAGUGAAUUUGGAGAUCCAUUGAAAGUUGUUAAGUUCAGAGAGUGUGAAGUGCCUCCUCUUGGUAAUCAAGAUGUUUUAGUACGCAUGCUAGCGGCACCAAUCAACCCUGCUGACAUUAACACCAUACAAGGGAAGUAUCCUGUUAAAGUCAACCUUCCAAGUGUACCAGGUAAUGAAGGUGUUGGAAUUGUUGAAGAAAUUGGUAAAGAUGUGAAAAAAAUAACUCCCGGAAAUAAGGUUAUUGUAACCAAGCCUGUUCAAGGUACUUGGAGGAACAUAGGCACAUUUAAUCAAGAAGUUUUAAAAGUUGUUCCCGAGGGUUUGGGUUUGGUUGAAGCUGCAACUCUUACAGUAAACCCAUGUACAGCAUAUAGAAUGCUAACAGAUUUUAAGCCAGUAAGUGAUGGCCUUGUAGUAAUACAAAAUGGAGCUAAUAGUGCCUGUGGACAAAAUGUCAUUCAAAUAUGUAAAGCGUGGGGUGUAAAAAAUAUUAAUAUUGUCAGAAAUAGGCCUGAAAUAAAUGAAUUAAAGAAGUAUUUGGAAUGCUUGGGAGCUACUUAUGUCCUUACAGAAGAAGAAUUACGUUCCACAAAUAUUUUUAAAGAUAAUAUUAUAGAAAAGCCUUCACUGGCUCUAAACUGUGUAGGAGGUAAAAGUUCUCUUGAAAUGUUAAGACAUUUACAACACUCAGGUAAAAUGGUAACAUACGGUGGUAUGUCAAGAGAACCAGUUAAUAUUCCAACCUCUGCAUUUAUUUUUAAGAAUUUAUCUUUCCAUGGCUUUUGGAUGACUGCAUGGAAUGAGAAAGCAGAUCCUACAGAAAAGAAUAAUAUGAUGAAUGAUUUAAUAUCAAUGAUGUGUGAAAAGAAGCUUAAAGGGCCAAUACAUAAAUUGGUCAAAUUUGAAAACUAUGAAGAAGCUCUUGGCAAUGCUCUUACAUCUCAAGGCUACACAGGCUGCAAAGGAUCAUGUUUGCCAUGUUUACCACAUGUUCCUGGUGAUGAAGGAGUGGGUGAAGUUGUGGAGAUCGGCAAACAAGUUUGUACAAUAAAGCCUGGUAAUAGGGUUGUUUUGACAUCCAGACUUUUAGGUACUUGGCGGUAUUAUGGCACAUAUCAUGAAAGAGAUGUUCAUGUUAUAUCGCCAAAUAUUCCUUUACCUGAAGCGUCAAUGCUCACAGCAGCACCAUGUAUAGCUUACAGAAUGAUCACGGAUUAUCGACGAAUAUAUCCAGGGGAAACAAUUAUUCAAAAUGCUGCAAAUAGCCCAUGUGGUCAAUGUGUUAUUCAACUCUGUAAAGCUUGGGGGAUUAAUACCUUUAACAUUGUCUCUAAUCGUAAUGGAUACAAGGCAAUGAAGCAAUAUUUAUUAAAUCUAGGAGCCACAGCAGUUUAUACACUCGAAGAAGCUGAAGAGUUGACAUCUUUUAAUACAUCUUUGUCACGACCAGUGUUGGCAUUUAACUGUUUGGGUGGCAAAUACGAAGAUGUUAUAUUGAAAUUAUUGGAUCGGUGUGGAGUUAUCGUUUACUAUGGUUGUGCGUAUGAUUUACCAUUAGCAAAACAGUUAUUACGUCGUGAUGCUGGAUUCUAUAAAUUUCGAUUAAGUGAUUGGGAUCUACUUGCUACUAAUGUUCAAAGAAAUAUAAUGAUUAAUCAAAUAAUACAACUUAUGGUUGUAGGUAAAUUAAAAGCUCCUUUAUAUGAACCAGUUCAACUUCGAAAUUACGUUCAUGCAUUUAAAAAUACUGUUCACUGUGAAGCGUUUUCAAAUGUUAAUUAUGUAUUUGAUUUCACUAUACCAUAGAAUGAUAAUUAAUUUUAAACGAUAUCAAAAAAAAAAGUUUUUAUUACAAAAUUUAAAGUGACCUAAUCAUAAAAUGCCGACAACAUGAGAAUUUAAAAAAUAUCGAAUAUUGAUGACCAUAGAUUUCUUACUAAGGUACCACAAACUAAUAAGAAAGUACUCAGUAAAAUUUAUGACAGCUGGAUGACAACAAUGCGCAUCAGCUGUUUAAGUGUUUAAAAUUUAAACUUUAAAUUGUCAACAAAGUCAACGCUCGACAUGUUCUUACAAUCUAUAUUUACAAAGAAAUGUAUGCAUGUUUUAAAAGUAUGUGUAAUGUGUGUUGCAAAAUGAUUGCUGUACUAAUAAGUAUGUAAUAUGAGAAUAAUUUACCUACGACACAAAAGCCUUUAAAAUGUAUUAAUAUGUUACCAUUGCCUAUGUUUCUAAAAAUAAAAGAUGGAUAAAAAUUCCUAUGAGACCUACGAGUAUUUACCAACUGCUGAAAAUGAAACAAACCAAUUUUUUGUGGUACAAGAUGAUGGUUCAUUCUUAAGUGUAAAUAGACAGAUACAGUAUGUGACAGAAGUACAAAAUGUGAAAGAAGUGUUAGAAAGUGUAGAGCCAUGCACUGUAUAUGAUGUUUCUUCCCAGCAAUUCUAUAUAGAUGUUGACAAUACUGCUGAACUUAUUUCUGUAUCUGACGAGUUCGUAUUACCUGUUGGCGAAAAUAAUAUUCUUCCUAACAAUUAUCUUUUGACCCUAACAAGUUCGACAGAACAACAGAUAGAACAGCAAGGGGCAGCUGAUCAACACAAAGAACUAGAAACACAACUUGAAACUGUAGAUGAUGGUCAAUCGCCUAUACAAGUUAAUAGUUGUACAGAGAUAACAUUAAGCGAUGAACAAUACCAUACACUAGAGCAAAAAGGAUGGAUUCUUCUUGAAACCGAUGAAAAAGUGUUUGUGGUUGAUACAUUAGGACUUCAUGACAUAACAUCAAAUUAUAAACUAAUACAAAAAUUAAAAUUAGAAGAUGGAAGUAUAUACGAAAAUAUACAACCGGAAAGUGAAAGUUUAUCAAAUCAAGGGGACAAUAUAGAAUCCAUUAUAGAAGAGGAUAAUAUAAAAUUAAGUAAAGAAAUAAUUCAAGACCAUGAAUUACUUUUAAACAAUAUUGAAAAGGACGAAUCUGCUGUGAUGACAAAUUCAGUUGUUGAACCACAAGAAAUAAUAACAUUACAAAAUGAAGCCGUCUCAUUGAGUUCUUUAAACAAUGAAUUAUCUAAAAGUACAACAGGAAAUACAUUUAAACUUAAAACCGAUAUUGUUUUUGGUGAUAUUCCUGAGAAAAUACUUCUAGGUGAAACUGCAAACGGAAAAAAAUUGUUCGCAAAGAUUAAAAAGCUUAACAAUAACAACGUUAGAAAGGCUAACGAGAUUCCACCUAGAAAUGAUCAAAAACAAGUACAUAGAAAACAAAAUUCUGCAAGCAAUGAUGAAAAUAUUAAACAGGUGGCAUUAGGCGACACCACUCUCAAUGAAAGCCAAUUCGAAUCUCUUAUUCGAUUAGCAAUUCAAAAUAACAGUGAAGUGAAGUGCAGCGCGGAUGAUGUCGCAUCGGCUGACAGCGUUGUAACGCAAUUACUUAAAGUACCUGCUUUCAGACCUUCUGUUCUCAAUCAAAAUUUAGUUAUCACCAAAGAAGUUUCCGUUCAGGACGAUACGGGUACGCUACGCGCCGUUGGCCUACAAAGUCUCGUAACGGGUCGCAUCACGACAUUGGACGAGGAACGUUAUUAUUUUGUUCACUUACCUAGAAUGUUACAGCAACUAAUGAAUAGAUCAGAUAGUGAUUUGACACCAGUUAAAAAAAAGUCUACUCUAUCAGAAAAUAUGAAUAAUGGCGAUGGAAAUGUUUUACACGUGCACGUGACGGAAAUAAAGAGAGCUGACAAUGUUCUAAGGGUCUCCAUCACUUUGAAUAAACGACAGCUUCCGAACGACUCAAACGUAACGGCAGAUUGUAAAAGAAAGCAGUCCAAUAUGGUAUAUUGUUGCAGCGCUUGUGCGGCAGUAUUUCAAACUGAAAAGGAGUUGCAGGAUCACCAAGAGAAGCAGUGCAUGAAUGUGGAUAAAGUUCUAACUAUAGAUAUAGAAAAGAAAGGUUAUACCACGAAAUUAAAAGGCAAAAGGAAAACCUAUUUUUGUAAUCAAUGUCAAUUAAAAUUUACAAAGCUGUUUAACUGUUUAAAACAUUUGAAGACGCAUUUUAAUUGUGUUGAAAGUGCUGACAAUAAUUCUUUGAAAUCAGAAUCUAAAGAAGAUCAAAAAAACGGAAUUUACAAGUGUAAAAUGUGCUCAAGUACUUACUUCCAUUCAUCUACGCUUUCAAAACAUAUUGUCUCAAAACAUAUAAAAGUUAGAUCAAAUUAAAAUUACUUUUA